CCCAGCAUCUCUCUUGUAGGCUUAGCUGCCUCUAGCGGUUAACUUUUUUGCGCUCUUUUUCUGUGUCGCUUGCCUAUCCCGCCUAAACAUGCUGUCUCCCCGUAAGCCCUUUGGAGUUGUGGGUGAGAACGUGUCCCCCAUGAAGAACCUGACCCUGACUGACAAGGAGAACACGCCGCCUUCCCUUAGCAACACCCGGAUCCUUGCGAGUAAAGCCGCCCGUAAGAUCUUUCAGGACGUUGAGACUGAUUCGGUGAAACACAAAGAUUCUUCAAUUCACCAGGAGCCCCUCCUGAGGGACAACCCCCAUCGCUUUGUCAUCUUCCCUAUUCAGUAUCACGAUAUCUGGCAGAUGUACAAGAAAGCAGAAGCCUCCUUCUGGACAGCAGAGGAGGUCGAUCUCUCCAAAGACCUUCAGCACUGGGAAUCGCUGAAGCCAGAGGAGAAGUUCUUCAUCUCUCAUGUUCUGGCCUUCUUUGCUGCAAGUGAUGGCAUUGUUAAUGAGAACUUGGUUGAAAGGUUCAGUCAGGAAGUACAAGUAACAGAAGCCCGCUGUUUCUAUGGAUUCCAAAUUGCAAUGGAAAACAUUCAUUCAGAAAUGUACAGCCUUCUCAUAGACACUUACAUUAAAGAUCCCAAGGAAAGGGAAUUUCUCUUCAAUGCUAUUGAAACUUUACCUUGUGUGAAAAAGAAGGCUGACUGGGCACUGCGCUGGAUUGGUGACAGAGGUGCAACCUUCGGUGAGCGUGUAGUGGCCUUUGCUGCCGUGGAAGGCAUCUUUUUCUCUGGCUCAUUUGCAUCUAUAUUCUGGCUGAAGAAACGUGGCCUGAUGCCUGGGCUCACUUUCUCAAACGAACUCAUUAGCCGUGAUGAGGGAUUACACACAGACUUCGCAUGUCUCAUGUUCAAGCAUCUUGUGAACAAACCAUCUGAGGCUCGUGUCAAGGAACUAAUUACAGAUGCAGUGAGAAUUGAGCAGGAAUUCCUGACGGAUGCACUGCCUGUAAACCUGAUUGGCAUGAACUGCAAACUGAUGGCACAGUAUAUUGAAUUUGUUGCUGAUCGUCUGCUGCUUGAACUUGGCUUUAGCAAGAUCUACAGAGUAGAAAAUCCAUUUGACUUCAUGGAGAACAUCUCACUGGAAGGAAAGACUAAUUUCUUUGAGAAGAGAGUUGGUGAAUAUCAGAAGAUGGGAGUCAUGUCAAAGACAUCAGACCACGCGUUCACACUUGAUGCAGAUUUUUAAACUUUGACUCUGGAUGCAGUAGGACUGGUGUAUGACUUGUUUUAUUGUGCAGCUAAGUCUCAAAUGUGAGACAAGCCUACCAAAGCAGAUAUUGGUGGUGGUGGCGACUAGAAUUAAUGAAAUGUCCCUGAUUCAAGCACAUCCACUAGCUUAGCCACUCUGCCAAUGUCCUAGCUCAUGGUAGGAAUCAUGUUACACUCAUGGGUACCCUGUACAGCUUGGUGUGCAUGUAAGAAAGGGUGCUGUGUACCCUGCAGGGGAAGCUAACUGCUAUAGCAGUAUUUUAUUUAGUUUACUUUUUAUAUUUGUCUUUUAGUCUGUAAAUGUUGCACUUUAACUUAUAAUAAACAAUCUUGUAAUGAA